AUGAAGGAUGUUGGCAUAUCCCAAGAUCAGUUCAACGUCGGUCAGCAAAUGUUAUCACUUGGCAUUGUCCUCUUCGAGAUUCCCUCCAACAUGAUUCUGUAUCGAGUCGGCCCUGGAAAAUGGUUAACUCUUCAGCUCUUUUCCUUUGGCGUCGCGUCAACCUUCCAGGCCUUCCAGAACAACUAUGCAUCCUUCAUUGCGACUCGUUUUCUUCUUGGCCUGACCGAAUCUGGCUUCAUACCUGGUGGUCUAUGGACUAUAUCUACCUGGUAUACGAGAAAAGAGACGGCUAAAAGAGUCAUGAUAUUCUACUUUGGCAACCAAUUUGGUCAGGCUUCGGCCAAACUCCUUGCUUAUGGUAUCCUACACAUGCGCGGUGUAGCUGGUCGACCUGGAUGGUUCUGGUUGUUCAUUCUCAUGGGUGGUUUCACCUGUUUCUGCGGUUUCAUUUUCGGCUUCUUCCUUCCCGACUCGUUCCGCAAUCCUUGCUCGACAUUUUUACCCAGACAUACAAUAUUCACAUCAAGAGAGAUUCACAUCUUGAGAAACCGUGUCUUGCUCGACGACCCGGCAAAGGGAAAGAAGAAAAAGAGAAUUGGUUUGACAGCUUUCAAGAAAGCUUUCAGCAGCUGGCGCAUGUGGGUGCAUUUCCUGAUCACCUUGACAAACAAUGGCCCUCAACGUGCUUUUGAUACUUAUGCACCUUCGAUCGUCAACAGCUUCGGCUUUGGAGGUCUGUCUGCCAAUGCUCUGGCAGCUGUUGGUUUGUUCUUGCAAAUCCCCGUCUCUUACACCUUCAGCUACAUCUCUGAUCANUUUGUAAGUGCAAUUUAG